AUGAGUGAAAAAAUGAAGGCCAUGAAGGAGGCCGCAGAUCGAGGAGAAACUGAUGACACUCCAGAAGAGAUAUUUAACAAAGUUCGUAAUGCUGGAUGUUCGGGUAAACGGCGUCGCAAGGCUCACCCAACUAACUAUAGUUUAUACCAGAAGAAAGAAGAAGUGGCCGAAUUGAAAGUAAGAAUAGCGUCCUUGGAACAGGAAAACAAAAGGCUUAAGAAAGAAACGGGUCCGAAAGCGACAAAGAAGUUGUUGAAUGAAUAUCUUUCUAAAGUUGGCAUGCCAUUGAUGGAAUUAUCAUCUGAAGAUGAUGUGGAAGAAGAUGAUGAUGAUGAUGAUGAUGAUGAAGAUGCCGAUAUGCACGAGAGUCAAAUUCAUGAACAUCGAGAUGCCAUUGAAGGUAGUGAUAGGGAAGCUGAAGAGGAGGAUGAGGCUUUUGGAGAUGGUCAAGAAGAAGAUGAUGAGGAGAAUCGAGAUAAGGAGAUUGAAGAGGAUGACGAAGAAGAAUAA